AUGGAUGAGAUCCUAGCCAAAGCCGGGAGCCAGGCUGUGACCUUUGCUAUUAGAUCGGGAAUCUCUAUAGCAUCGAGUUAUGCCAUCAAAACAGUUGCUACUUUCGUUCAAAAAAUUCCGGAAGAGGACGCUACUAGACUCAAAAGACUACGGGAGAAACUAGAAACUCGAAUAGAAAUCGUUUCAGCUGCUAUCGAUUUGAUAAGGCUGGUGGCAGCAAAGGGAAACACCGGUCUCGGAAGCACCUUGAAACUUACAAAGGAUCUAAAGGAAGAGAUCGACCAAUUUGAUGCACGAAUAAGUGCUAUAACAGGUAAUUUCAAUGCUAAAAAAAACGAGCGAGACUCGAUCAAGGCGGUGGAAAAAUACAUCCUUGAUUUACUAGAAAGAAUCGAGGAAGUCAUACCGGUAAUCAACCUGUCUUUAACAACCUCUGGUGCCAAAUUGAGCACUGCCCUACCACAGCAGGUCUCCCCGGGACGCCUACUACAGGCGUCAAACUAUGUCACUCGAAAUAACGAUCUUUUUGAGGAAGAGGGCAAGAACGUUCAAUUGGGACCGGUUUUCGCCUUGACUUUAUUUUCAGUGUUUCAGAAUCUUACCGCUUCUGAAUCAAAAGCUCGUGUUACCUGGAAGGAGGACAUGAGAAAAGCUCUUUUUAGUGUUUGGAGAAGGCCAAGUAGAGAUAGAGAAUACGACUAUUUUCUUAAAAUCAAAGAGAGUUUUGAUGACGGCCUUUAUCAUGACGCCACGGAAGAGCGUGUGAAAGAAUUGCAUUUUGACAUUUGGCAAAUCGUCCGGUUAUUCUUCACAGCUUCUGGUAAACUGCUUAAACUAGAGGAGCGCAAUUCACCAGUACUUGUCUUGAAAGUUGAUAAGAACCUCAAGAGUCCAUUCGUUGACGACCAAGGCACCUCUACCGAAGACAUUGAAUGGCUGGCAUUUGGUGAGUACGAAGCCUCAAAUGAGUCCGAGGAGUCCGAAACCGAUGACGCAGACGAAAACUACACGAGCAGCGCAGAAGAGUUAGAGGAGACUGAAGUGAGCAGCUCAAUAGCACUACUGGAAUACAUCAUACGGCUCUCAUCCCUACAGUGUAACGACCAGAAAAGUAUUCUGCAAGUGCACGACGAGCGUUUAUCAACGUACUUGAACGACGAAAAUCCUAAUUCCAUCGAAGGCAAGAAGUAUGAUGUGGAAGAAGUGACGACAAAAUUAGAAAAGGUGAAGCUUCACGGUACAAAUUCUUAA